AUGAUCUUAUUGCUGUCAAUUAACACGGCCGAGCCCUACAUCACCAUGCUCAUCAAGCUAGUAUUUUUUACCCUGGCCAGCGCGUGCUUAGUAUCCUACUUAUUAAUAUACCAAAACUCAAGCACCAUGUUUGAAAUACACGCCGAACUCAACACGUUGUAUUCCCGGUACGGCAUACCCGGCCGUAACCGGUCAGCCAUGGUAUACGUCGGGCUACAUAUGCUGUGCUAUAUAUCGGGCGCGUUAUGUGUUUUCUACGACAACGUGAUCGAUCGCUUUUUCAAGAUCAGCUCGUUCAAUUUAUUAUUUAGCCACCACGCCGCGUUAUCCCUAUUUUAUACAUUUGGCUGGAUUACCAUGCUACAACACCUGUACUUUGAGCUAUGUUACAAGUAUCUAAACGUGCUAGAUCAUAUGCUCGGCCGUAUGAGGGCUUUGCGUUGUAUGCCCAGCACCGAACACCUGUUUGAUAUGACCCAGAUUAUUGAGAAUUUUGUCAUAGAUGAUCAAUCUCAUCAUUCAGGUUAUGGAGGACCAGGUUACGAUGACGGAUACGGUGAUGGUUAUGUGCGACCUGAUAUUGGUCGAUUUGGUUACGGUGGACCCCAUGGCCACCACCAUCACCAUCAGCACCAACAACACCGCCGACAACAGGCCUACAGCCACAGCAGUCACAGCCAAAGCUCCGGCUAUAACUACGACGGCGGCGAUUGGGACGCGUCUGAUGAGGACAAAUAGCGGGAGUAGACUGUACUUUAG